AGAAAGAGCUCUUAUUCUGGGAGAUGGGCACUUGGAAGGGAGAGAGUCGCGGGUUUAUUUUACUAAUCUAUUUUUGUGUAUUCAAAAUGUUUCACAAUAAAAAUAUCAUCACACUGGGCUUGCUGGGAGACACAAGAGAUUCUCUGUAGAACAGCGAAAGGGCUUCAAUGAACUGCAAAAUAAUAUAAACAAAAAGUGGAUAAAACACAGGGUUUGAAGAUUGAAGCGCCUUUUCUAAUGCUGGUCACAGUGCUAAAUGCUUUUCACCCACGAUGGCAUUUAAUCCUCGACAAUACUGACCCUCGGGCCCCAUUGUACAGAUGACGAAACUGAGAAGAGAAGCAUGAACCCAAAGUCAUGCAGCAGCAAGGAAGGAGCUGCGGUAGGAUCCCACGCCUCUCUGGUUCUGGGACCCAGCCCGCACGCUCUGCGCCCUCUGCUCCCCCGCCCACGCACACACACAAGAGCUUCUGCGUGGCUGUCUUUGCAGCCCCACCCCCAACCCCAUAUUCAGGCACGCGCCGCCCAACCGAAAGUGGCAAGGAAGGGCUGGUCCUUCGCCGGUCGAGUGCAGACCUGUAGACGCGGUGGGGCAGUGUGGGAAUAGUGCUAAAAUCCUCCAGGACCAAGACCUCCUGACUUCGUGUCUCGGUUCUCCGCCUGCUCUCAGGAGAGGCCGCCAGGGGGCGCCGCCCUGCAUGUGGCUGCGACCGCUCCGCCGUGGUGGGAAGUCCACAUCUGCCCAGCAGGUGCCUCUGCCCAGAGCAAACAGGGGCCCAGGGGCCUUGGAGAUAAGGCCUGGCCAGGAUAUAUCCGGCGCACGGGCCAGGGUGCAGAGGUGCGCAGGGUUCCCAGGACGGUGGCACUGGAUGCACCCAGAGGGCAGCGAGAGAGCAUCCAGGGCCUCACAAAGCGGCCAUGGACCCUGGGGGGGCAGCAGGAUCCUCGGAGCCCCCCGGCCCUUUGACUCACCUGAGCCUGCAGGACGGCUCGGAGGCGGCGCGGCUGCAGAGCGGAGCUGAUGGGCGGAGCCUCCCGGGCAGUUGGACCAGUUCAUCCCCAGAGCGAGCCACUGAACUGAGGGAAGGAGUGCGCAGUUGUCUGCAGCAACAGUGUGAGCAGACAGUGCGGAUCCUGCACGCCAAGGUGGCCCAGAAGUCCUAUGGAAAUGAGAAGCGGUUCUUCUGUCCCCCGCCCUGUGUCUACCUCACGGGUCCCGGAUGGAGGGUGAAGCCAGCGCAGGGACAAGCCCACCAGGCCGGAGACAUUGGGCCCACCGUCUGCGGUUACAUGGGGCUGGACGGCGCGUCUGGCAGCGCCACCGAGACCCAGAAGUUGCAUUUCGAGGAGCAGCCGGACUCCAGGGAAUUCGGUUGUGCCAAGACCCUGUACAUCUCGGACGCAGACAAAAGGAAGCACUUUCGACUGGUGCUCCGCCUCGUGCUGCGAGGGGGCCGGGAGCUGGGCACAUUCCACAGCCGCCUCAUCAAGGUCAUCUCGAAGCCCUCGCAGAAAAAGCAGUCGCUGAAAAACACCGACCUGUGCAUAUCCUCGGGCUCAAAGGUCUCCCUCUUCAACCGCCUGCGCUCCCAGACGGUGUCCACCCGCUACCUCUCUGUGGAGGAUGGGGCCUUCGUGGCCAGCGCAAGACAGUGGGCCGCCUUCACACUCCGCCUCGAUGAACACUGUUCCCAAGGGGACUUCCCACCUCGAGAGGGCUACAUCCGCUAUGGCUCCCUGGUGCAGCUGGUCUGCACGGUCACCGGCAUCACACUGCCUCCUAUGAUAAUCCGCAAAGUAGCCAAACAGUGUGCACUCCUCCAUGUAGAUGAGCCUAUCUCUCAACUGCACAAGUGUGCCUUCCAGUUUCCAGGUGGCCCUCCAGGAGGGGGUGGCACCUAUUUAUGCCUUGCCACAGAGAAAGUGGAGCAAUUCCAGGCCUCUCCCUGUCCCAAAGAGGAGAACAGGGCACUGCUCAACGACAGCUCCUGCUGGACCAUCAUCGGCACCGAGUCCGUGGAGUUCGCCUUCAGCACCCGCCUGGCGUGCACGCGGGAGCCGGUCACGCCGGUGCCCCUCAUCUGCACCCUAGAGCUGAGCGGUGGGGGCCACGUGGCAACGCUGGAGCUGCACGGGGAGAACUUCCACGCGGGGCUCAAGGUGUGGUUCGGGGACGUGGAGGCAGAGACCAUGUACAGGAGCCCGCGGUCGCUGGUGUGCGUGGUGCCCGACGUGAUGGCCUUCGGCAGCGACUGGCGCUGGCUGCGCACUCCCAUCACGGUGCCGGUGAGCCUGGUGCGCGCUGACCGGCUCUUCUACCCCAGCGCCUUCUCCCUCACCUACACCCCGGAGUACAGCGCCGGGCCGGGUCAGCCCAGCGCCCCGAAGCCCGCUGCCGAUGCCGAUGCGCUCCUCGAGAGCAUCCACCACGAGUUCACACGCACCAACUUCCACCUCUUCGUCCAGACCUAGGAGCGAGUGGCCGGCCCGGGGCACCCCGGCGCCCCCUGCUGCCUUGCCCCUCUGUCGGGAAAGGGCGGAAGAAAGCUCCCAUAGAAACCUGGGUUUACACGGGGCUUGCGCGGGAUUACAACCUGGGAGGUACCCUGUGUUCAGUCUGUGUGGGGUCCCCCGGUCUGCCGUCAUCUCCCUGUGUAUCUCACUCACUCACUCAAUCAACUGACCUAUCUGCCUCGGUAACGUCUCUGUAGGUCUAUCUGUGUGUUUCUGUCCCUCCACCUUGGACUUUCUAGCUCUCCCCGUGUCUUUUACACCUUUUCACACACUCCAAGAAGCCCAACCUGGUGUAUGUGUCCUCCAGGCACCCGUAUCCCUACUUGGCGAUAAAAUACAUAGCUUUGAAAGCCCAGGCAGAAGAUAAGGCCUGAGGUAUGGGCAGCACACCCUUGAGCACCACCGAGUCCCUCCCAGCCCCAGGUCUCACCUGAAACACUGGACUCCACUGGUCCCUGCCCAGGAGCAGGAGCUGGAGCACCUUAGAGUCAGCACAGUGGCCUUGCCUGAGCUUCCUCUCUGCUGCCCGGCCUCGGUGGCUGCAGAGGUGCCUGGGCCCGCAGUCGGGUUUUGCCAUCUUAACUGUCCCCACUAGGCCCAGGAGGAUGCAGUGCUGAGGAUCGGGGAUUACCCUGUUGUUCUAAAUCUGCUGCUGUGCAAGCCUCAGUCUGACGGAGCCAACGGCCUGCCUUUUUGAUCCCCUCUAGAGGAAUAACUGGCAUCCCUGAGCCCCUGUCCCUCCCCCAGCUGCCACCUGUCAUCUAUGAUAACUAGUUAUCUUACUAGUUGUUUCUUAUCACAAGCAAGAAUGCACCCUAGGGCCAGGGAUUUAUCUCAGUGGUUCCGCUACCUGCCUCAAAAGUGCAAGGAUCUGAGUUCAAUCCCUGGUACGAAAAAAGAAAGA